AUGCCUCACUUCCUUCGGACUUCCGUAGCGGCUGUUGGGCUGUGCGGAGCGGGGGCCAUAGUCUACAACCGUCCCUGGGUACAUCGGCCAUCACCUGAGCGCAACAAGGAGCUUAUUCGCCUAUCUGCAGUGGCACUUUCUAGUGAAGUGGUGAACACCGUCCUUUUUCGCGACGAAGAGUCGCUGAAGCUGCUUCGCCGUUUUGUGAAGGACGUGGCUUUGCAUCCAGACACGGUGGGGGUUCUUAAAUCACAUUUCAAGGCGGAAUUCACUACCAACAAGGAAACUGUCGCCACGCUGCGUAAGUUUGUUGUGAAAGAAAUCAUCUGCGACCAGUGGGUUGCGGAUGAGCUUAUCAGCAUGUCGAAAGAAACUGGGAAGGAGAUCAUUGAGGAUCCGACUAUAUACCCAGAACUUUCCUUGCGCUUGCUUGCCUCUGCGGCGCGGGAGGGUUUACAGUCACGCCCCUUCAGGCAGGCCUUGCGAGGGGCCUUGAGGUCGGCUUUCUGGUCAGCGUUUCUGGUGUCGCGGCCGGAAUUCAUUGGAAGGGAAGUAAAAAAUAGAAGGCGUCAAUGA